AGGCUGAAAUAAAAAAGUGUGAAUGCUACAGUAAACUAUACUAUCAAGCCCUACGUAAGGAGGCUUGACGCCGUCGCGCCAAGCACCCCCGAUAGGAUUCGAGGCCAGUGAGGGCGCGCCACACAAGGGCUCCGCACGGGCCUCGGAACCACGGGACUUGCGCAGCUUGAGUGAGGCUCUCACGGGGUUGCCUUGAGCGUUGGCUACAGGGGCUUCCAGGCUUGAUAUACAGUGGUGAGGGUUCAAUCACGAAGCGAUUGAAUCGUUGGCGGCACGUCCCCCUUACACAGGCACAUACCUACAGCGACCUUUGUGCUUGCAGGGGGUGAUGUUAUCGGGACAUGGUAGAAUGCAGCAAGGCUCUCGGCCGCACGCUUGUAACCGAAAAGAGAAGGGGCACCCAGAAGUGCGUAGUAACCGCGCGCGAUUAGGUAACUCCUACCGGAGAUGCCCCUGAUCAGGUCUGACUGCUUUUCCCGCCCGCUUCAAUCCUGACCCUUCAAUCCGGCAAACUCCUCGCAGCUAACUACCUACCUAGUCGAGUUUCCACCCAGGAAAAUUAUCUAUAAUAUCUGCAGUAUCGAGGCCUGUAUGAUCCAAGGCAGCACAGAAUGGAGACGCUGCAGCAAGAGGAUGGCAUGGACUUGGGAAACGGCUCGAGUUCACAGGGGCCAGCAUAGAGCUCGACCCCGCCAUCCUAAAGGAACUCCCCGAAGGAUGCAAAGUCGUUUCGGUCGACAGUCAUGGCGUCAGUUUCUGGGCAACCACAGGGCGCAUUGACGUCACACUUAAAGAGGGCGGCGGCCAGUCCUUCUUCAUCAAGGUGAUCUCAGGCGAAGUGGGCCGGUGCAUGGUCUCGGGCGAGUUCGCGUCCAUGACGGCGGCCCACCUGGUCGUUCCCGAAUUCCUGCCCAAGCCCCUGGCAUGGGGCGCAUACGACACGAUCCCCAACACGCAUUUCUUCCUCUGCGAGUUCCGCGACAUGGUCGACGACAUGCCCGACCCGCACAAAUUCGGCUCGCUCCUGGCCAGGCUGCACCAAAGCAGCACCUCCCCGACGGGCAAAUUCGGCUUCCACAUGACCACCUACGCCGGCAACCAGCCCCAGUUUGUGGGCUGGGAGGACAGCUGGGAGGUCUUUUUUACCAAAAGCAUGAGGUACGCGCUGAGCCUGGAGAUUGAAAGGCAGGGAACUACCGAGGAGCUCGACUCUCUUUCCAAGGUUCUGUUCGACAAGGUCAUCCCCCGACUGCUGCGACCCCUCGAAAGCAACGGCCGUUCGGUGAAGCCGUCCCUCGUCCACGGCGAUCUCUGGUACGCAAACGCGGGAAUCGACGCAAAGAGCGGCCAGCCCCUCGUUUUUGAUGCCUGCUGCUUCUAUGCGCAUAACGAAUACGAGUUCGGGCAGUGGCGUCCUGCCUGCAACAGAUUCGGGAACGAGUAUGUCGCCGCGUACAACUCAUUCGUCCAAAUCUCCCCGCCAGAGGAGGACUUUGAGGGCCGUUUGGACCUUUACAGACUGCGCUUCGACACUCACGUCUCGGCUCUGUUCCUAGGGAGCGACACUCUUCGGCCCCAGGUGCUCGAUGUUAUGAGAGGUCUUAUCCAGAAGUAUGGUGGAGACUGAAGGCUUGUUGAAUUCCCGGCAAGCGGGGAUUUGAAUGUUGAAAUAUGCUGGGCAUAAUUCAAAAUUCCUUGCAUUGCUUGCUUGUUUAGCAGUGUACCUCUUGUCGAAGGUGGGAAAAGUUAUAGCCUUACAUAUUAAAUAAGUAGCCUGGUGUAGCUUGUGCUCCUAAUUACUAGUGGAUAUCACGGGCAGCUGAGCUUUAACGGUCACUUUCCGUUGAGGUCCUCCCAAUGCUCCUCACGUCCGUUCAAGUCGGGAUUUGUUGCAUUUUUCUCGCCUAUUCACGGGCAAUUAAAUGCCG